GCACCACGCUCAGGGGCCGUUUGGCCGCACGCCCUGUGCUACUCUCACGUUCGCCGCUACGGAAAGACCCCGCGCCUGUAAUUCUCUCAAUAGCGGUUAGGCGCGCACCGCCGCCGCCCGCUUUAAAAAUCUGCCCCUUGCACGCGCGCGGGUAGCGCGGCUCGCACGCUGAUUGGGCACGGGGCGCGCUCAGUUUCGCAGCGGGGGCGGGGCCCGCUGGUUGCCAAGGGUUACGAGGCUACACAAGUUAGUGCCGGGCAGUGAGCAGGGAUCCCGGCGCUAGGGAGGCGGAGGGGCCGUUCCGUGCCUGCCCCGCGCACUACUAUUUUAUUUAUGGCUUCACCAGAGAAAAAACAAGAUUAUCCCUUUGUAGAUAUAUUUGAUGAAGAUGAAGCUGAAAAAUCCUUUCUGUUGUCUAAACCUACAUGCUUAAUUAUCCUUGGAAAGCCAGGUACUGGGAAGAAAACAUUAGCUAGAAAAAUAGCUCAGUUAUGGAAAUGCACACUCAUUGAAGCUUUGGAAGUAAUAGAAGAAAAUAUUACUGCAGGAACAGAAUAUGGACUUAAGAUGCAGGAAUUGCUUUUUGGAGGUCAAAGUAUUCCUGAAGAACUGAUUACAAAGAUGAUUCUGAAAAAGAUUGAGUCACCAGAAGUUGCUCACUUUGGUUAUGUUCUCAGUGGAUUUCCUUCUCUCUCAGAGGAAUACAUGACUAUUUCGGAGCAAAUAGAGAAAAUUAGAAAUCUAAAAUUAAAACCAAAUUUCCUGAUUAACCUUAAGUGUCCUGACUAUGAUUUGUGCCAAAGACUCUCUGGGCAAAGACAGCAUCCUGAUACAGGGCAGAUAUACCAAAGGAACCAGUGGGAUCCUGAAAUUAUUGACAAACGGAAGAAAAAGAAGGAUCAACAUAAAGGAGAAGAUGAGGAAGAAGAAGAGGAGGAAGAGCAGGAAGAAGAAGAUGAGGCAGCAGCAGAUGCAAUCAUGUUGUCAGAUAUUUUGCCUCAUUUGGUGCAGAAGCCUGAAGAUUUUUUGGAAAAUGCAGAAGCCAGGGUUAAUCUCUAUAAGGAUACUAUGCUAUAUCCUCUAGAGGACAUGAUGGCUGAGCAAGAUUCUCAGUAUCUUAUUGAACUGGAUGGAAAUAAGCACCCGAAUGAGCACCUUGCAUCCGUGAUAGCCCGGCUUCAAUCCACGGGCCUUCGAAAUGGAGCUCUUAUAACCAGACUUCAAAACCCAGAAGAAGAGCCUUCAGAGGGGAUGGAAACUGAUGAACUUUUCCGGACUCUUUCAUCCUUCAAAAUAAUAGCACCUAGAUACCGAUGGUGCAGAAGUAGGUGGGGUCGAGCAUGUCCUGUAGCUUUAAAAGAGGGUAACAUUGUAAUGGGGCUUCCAGAUUUAGCUGUCAGUUUCCUAGGUAAAAUGUAUUUAUUUUCAUCUCAAGAAGCAUUGAGAGAAUUUAUGUUGAAUCCACGUCCCUAUCUGCUACCACCUAUGCCACUUCCUCCUUGUAAAGUAGUAGUAUUUGGACCUCCAUUGUCUGGAAAAACAACUCUUUGUAACUGGAUUGCAAACAAAUAUAAAGGAAAGGUUCUUGAUAUGGACAAACUUAUUCAACCAUGUAUGGAAGAAGCAAGGGAAAAAAUCAUUGAGCAAGCUCGUAUUGAUGCAAUAGAUGUUGCUAUUACAAAAGUGAAAAAUAAGCUGGAACUAGAAAAAAUGUUAAAAGAGCAAGCUGCAAUAGAUGCUCAAGAAACUGGUAGUUACAAAGAAACAGAUGAAUAUGAAGAAAGUGAGGCCACUAAGCUUGAGGAAGAAAGAAGCAUGGAAGAGCAGAGUAGAGAUACAAGAUCUGACACCAGCAAAGAAAAGACUGACAAUUCUUCAGAACAAGAAGCUGAAUCAUCAGUGGAUACUAAAGACACCACUGAGGAUACUUCCAUGUCCAGAACCGAUGGAGAAGGAACCACAGAAGAACUAAAUGAAGAUACAUCAAUAAACACAUCAGAGUCAGAGGUAACUGCUGAUCACCCAGAAGUUCAAGCGUUGGUAGAAGAAGCUGUAAAACUUGCAGCACAAUCUCCAAUAAUGCUACCGGCUGAAGUAUAUGCUGAAGCAUUAGAGGAAGCCAUUACAGAGUUUCUCUGUAAACCUUCUGAUGCUAUUGGAAUCUCAGAGCAGCAGUAUAGAAAGGCUUGGAUCUCUCCCACAUGGCCCUUAAGCAAUCUCACUAAGAAGAACAAAGACAGGUUUCCUGGGGCUCCAGAAAAAGGAGGAUGGGUACUGGACAACUAUCCUACAACAUCAGAGCAUUGGUUAGCCUUGUCAGAAAAAGGCCUCUUACCUGACACUGUCGUCUGUCUUAAGAAUAUAGAAAAAAAUGGAACAUUUUUACUACGCAGACUGUACCUAACAAAUAAAGAUGAAAUUAAUUCUAAGAUUUUGGAAAGACUUACAGAUGAAGCAUUAAAAAGGCAAAAAGAGGAAGAAGAAACAAGGAGAGAACUGCAAGAGGUGCUGAAAUUAAAAGAAGAAAACCAGCAACCUAUAAAGCCUGCUGAAGACCAAUAUGAAAAAAUGGUAGAAUCAGAGAGUCACCAUGAAACAAAACAAACAUCUCAGGAACAGUCUGAUUUCAGUGAGGUUCAAGAACCUGAACCUAAACUUGAAUCAGAAUCAGGAGACAAACCUCCACUUGAAACAGAAGCAAUACCUCAGGUAGAACCUGACCGCACCAAAGGAGUUGUGGAACCUAAACCUGAACCAGAAAUCAUGUUACCUGAGUUUCCAGAGGAUGGUUUCCCAGAUGUGCCAGAAAUAGAGCCAUUUAAAGAGAAGAUUAAGCUAUUCAUGCACAACUGGCAAAAACUAGAGCCAGGAAUCAAUGAUUCAUCUUUAAUUCAGACUGCUGUUUUAGAGAUUGCUGGGCAAACUCCAGAAACACUGCUUAAUCAGAUUGUCCUGGUGAUGGAAAAACCUUUUAAAUAUUAUGGCUGGGAAAUAUCUCCAGAAGAUCUAGAUGAAGAAGCAGAAGAUUUGCAGGCAGAAGGGGAGACUGAUGAAGAAUUAGAAGAGGAAGAGCAAGAAGAAAAUGAUGAAGAUGAAGAUAAAAUUAAUGAAAAGAAGAGACACAUGGGAGACACCAAACACUUUUGUCCAGUGAGUCUGAAGGAGAACUUUGUCCUUUUCCCAGGGAUUGCUGAACAUGGAGCUAUAUAUCGAGAAAAAUUUUACUAUUUUUCAAGUCCUGAGUCCAGAGAAAAGUUUUUGGAGAACCCUGAGGAGUAUGUUGCUCACAAGGAACCAUUACAAGCUCCUCCCUUACGACUGUGCCUGCUGGGCACACAUGGAGCAGGUAAAACUAUCUGUGGCCGAUGGCUAGCUGACAAAUUAGGAAUUUUCCAUAUUCAGUUCGAAGAACGUCUACAGGAAAUGAUCAUGCCCAAAACAGAAAAGAGAGUUGGACUUGAAUUUGACGAGGAACCUGAGGAAGAUCAGAUUGACAUGGAAGCUGUCUUUCAGGAAUUGGGAGACUCCUCUCAGACCAAUACAGAAACAGAAACUGAAAGUGAAAGUGCACAUGAAAAUGAAAAUAACAAAAAUAAAGAGAUGAAGGAAGUGAUGUUAACUGAUGAGGAAGAAAUAAUCAAAGCGAACAUAUUAGAUAAUGAGGCAUUGACACCAGAAGUACUUGAUAAAAUUGUUCCUGAGUGGUGGACAAAGGAGCCAAUCCGAUCGACAGGAUUUAUACUGGAUGGUUUCCCUCGUACAUUUGAGGAGGCCCAGUACUUAUCAGAGCGAGGACUCUGUCCUGAUGUUGCAGUUUUUAUCCAAGUGGAAGAAAGUGACAUUUGUGAUCGGCUUCUUCCUCCACGUUUGAAAAAAUGGAGGGAUAGACAAAAUAAAAAAAUGGAAAAUAAGAAGAAGCUGAAAGACAUGAAAGAAAAAAUAAAGGAAGAGAAGAUUGCCAAAAGAAGGGCAGAACUUUUAGCAGAGCAAGCCAAAAAGAAAGAGGAGGCUGCAGCAUAUAGGGAAGAGGAGGAGGCUAGUGACGAAGAGGAUGAAGAUGAAGAAGAUAUUGAAAUGAUUCUUGAAGAAGAGUUCCCAAAAGAGGAAGAGGUAGAUGAGGAAGAGGAAGAGCAGGAGGCUGAUGCUGCUGAACGCAUGAAAAACGAAAUUACAGAAAAGUAUGAAACAGAUAGUAAUAAUUUACAAGGAGUACAGGAAGAACUUGAAAGGUUGCUGAUACCACAAAUCACCAUCAAUGGACGACGAAAACCUCACAUUGUACAUUACCAAUUGUAUAGCAAAUUGAAGCAUCUAGUAGAAAAUCGAGAAAGCAUUUUUGAGAAAUGUUACCCAAUAAGUUUGCCACUUGCACGCAAGAUGUUGGUUCUCUCUUACAAACAUCCCAGUUCUUUUGGUCAAUGGGACCCAAUCAAGCUAAGUGAAGGAGAUGUAAUCAAACCUUUCCAAAACCAACAGACUCCAAGCUUGCCUGUAAUCCACCGACAAUAUAUUUAUUUCUUUUCAAGUAAAGAAAAUAAAGAAAAAUUUAUGAAAAAUCCUAUUAAGUUUAUCCGUCAGCCAAAACCCAAGCCAUCUGUGCCAGUUAAGAUAGCAAUUGUGGGACCUCCAAAAUCCGGGAAAACUACAGUUGCUAAGAAGUUUGCAAGUGUCUAUGGGUUAAUGCGCUUAUCUGUGGGAGAUGCUAUACGACUAGUGUUAAACAAUCAGCCAGAGAGCGAGUUGGCACUUAUGUUAAAGUGGCAUCUUCAUAAAGGACUGACUGCACCUGAUGAACUGGCCAUCCAGGCUCUAGAAGUGGCUCUGAUGGAUCAUGUGUGCAGCACUGCUGGAGUUGUUAUUGAUGGAUAUCCUGUAACAAGAAAACAAGUAAACAUCUUGGAAGCAAUGAGAAUAAUUCCAGUGAAAAUCUUUGAGUUACAAGUGGAUGCAAAGGAGCUUUUUAGAAGAGCACUGAUAGACAAGGAAAGCACUGACAGUCCACCAUACCCUAUACAUGACAGCUCACAGAUUCUAGCUAUUCAGAACUCCUGCUAUAAAAAGCAAAUUGAUGCUAUUAGGACAUACUACGAGAAGGAACAUCAGAACUGGUGUGUGGUUGAUGCAUUCCGCAGCAAGUGGUGGGUCUGGAACAAAAUAUUUGAGGAAGUUCAGGUGAUCAUUAAACAGAUCCAGACAUAUUUGGAAAGAAUAAGAGAAGGAAAAGCAGCCAGUAUUGCUGAUUUAUGUAUCACACCCCAAGAGCUGCAGUCUCGCCUGGGAGAGUUUGGACAAUACUGUCCUGUCAGCCUCGCAAAAAAGGGUGAACUGGUUGACUGCUCUGUAACCUCAUCAUUGCAGUCUGCAGCAGAGUUUCGAGGACACUAUUACAAAAUGGCUUCGCAGGUGGAAUUGAAUAAAUUCUUGAAUGCACCAGAGUUGUAUGUGCCACCAUUAGCACCUCAUCCUCUUCCCUCACCAGAUAUGCUACCAAAGAAACUGACAAUGGCAGAAGUGAAGGCCUUAUUCCCUAAAAAGGCUGAAAUGCAAGGAUACUGUCCAGUCACUUACCUAGAUGGAAAACAAAGAUACGAAGCCUUGGUACCUGGCACCAUUGAGUAUGCUGUGGAAUAUCGAGAUAAACUAUAUAUUUUUGAAAGUGAAGAAAAACUCCAGAAGUUUAUGAGGUUACCAGAAAGGUACUGGAAUCAGAAGCUUCCACAUAAACUCCCUCCAAUAAAGGAACCAGUUCUACUUACUGCUCUUCCCCUGACUGGAUAUCUUGAACAGGGGAUAGCAACUUCUCUAAUAAAAGCUAUGAAUGAAGUGGGCUGUUUAAAGCCAAAGUUUCCAUUCUUAAGUGUAAAAAAAACUGCUCUGCUGUUUGUGGCCUAUCAUUUAAAAGCUUACAACCCCAGGAGCUCAGAAUAUGUACAAAAAAAGUACAAGAGGAAACUGGAGCAGUUCAUAGAUCACUGUGACCUCAUCCCCUACUUGGGUACAAAAAUGACGCGUAAAUACAAAGAACCUCAAAAUAGACCUAUUGACUUUGAUCACAAAUUGCGGAUGUUUUUGUGUCUUAAAGAUGUAGAUCCAACCUCUGGUUAGUUUGGAAUGUGCAAUAAUGAAAUAAUUUUGCAUUUUCAUUGAACUACUGAAUUCUGAUUAGCUUGGUGAAUAUACUUAUUUUGUACUUCAACUGGUCAUAAAGGCUUAGCCAUAAAAAUAAUUCUGUUAACAAAGAACAUUAUACUUUUAUGAAUAGAUAAAAGACUCUGAUAGGUAGAAUUUAGUUAUGAUUGGCUGCCAUAGAUUUGAGGUAGUUUACUGUAAAAACAAAUAUUUAGUUUAAUAUUCAUAUACAAUAUAUUUUAGAAAUGUUUAUAAUCUUGAAAUGUAGGGAAUAUUUUGAUCAGCACUGAAAUAAAAUUAUUAAAUAUUCUGAAACAAUUCACUGAAUUUUACAAUUUUGUUUUUCACAGUCAUUUCAGAUAUUUCCUUGUCUCUCAGUAUGUUAGCUUUAUUAGUACAAUAAAUGCACUUUUAUUACAUGCAGUGAAACAAGCUUAAAUUUCCUUUUACACCAUUGUACAGUCAGAGGCAGUUAGACACGACUACAUUGAUUAACUUGUUCUAGAUUUUAUACUUACCACUAUUUCUGAUCAUUAACAAUGUAACCAAUCAUUUUGAGGGGAAAAGGGAUGUUUAAAAAACCUUUUUGGAAAAAUGAUCUAUAAACAAAAAUCAAGAAGUUUCAAGAUACUAGUGUUGUUAAACAUAUCCAAGCAGAAUGCUUUUGGAAAUAAAUACCUACAGGUGACAUGACAUCUGACCACAGACUAGUUAUUGCCUGUUCCUUGUAUUGUUUCUACCCAGUUCUUUAUGUUUGUACAGCCAUAUUUACAAUUUACAGUUUAAGGAGGAUGUGAAUGUAAAAUUAAACUAUUAAAAAAAUUCUAAAGAUCAAAAGAUCUUUAUCUCAGAAAAACACUCAGAACCUA